AUGACGGCCCAGCAGGACACGACGAGCCAGCAGAGCAAGCUGGACAUCCCGGUUCCGGCUCCGCCUCCACCUCCACCUCCCAUCACACAUAUCUUGGAGACGUGUUUGCAGGCCAAAGACCUCAAGGCGGCCACCGCCUUCUACGAGGACGUGUUCAACGUGGCGCCUUUUUUAAACACUCCACGCAUGUCCGGCUUCUCUUUCGCUCAUACCACACUCCUACUCUUCCAGCUUGGUGCAACCGCUGCUGAUUCGCCCAUGCCUGACAACCGCGGCACCAUUCCCGGCCAUGGUCCAACACAGAACGUCGUCGAUCUCCUGACCUCCAAGGCGGUUGUUAGUGGUGGUGGUGAUGAUGAUGAUGGUAAUGGUCGGCCCUCACCAAGCCAAGCAAGCUUACACCAGCACUUCUGCUUCGCUGUGCAGUCGCCAGAUGACGUGGGCGCGUGGGAGAAAUGGUUGGAGGAGAAAAAUGUCAAGAUCCUAGGCAAGGUUGACUGGCCGCGUGGUGGGCGAAGCGUCUAUUUCGCCGAUGUGGAUGGCAAUAUAGGCGAGGUGGCCAGUCGUGGCAUCUGGGAGCAUUACUGA